UGAAGUUUCACUUUGCUUCAAAGAUGUCUUACGACGAAGUCUGUUAUGAAGUGAUUUUUUUGUUUUGUUUUGUUUCUGAGAAAUGAUUAAAUAAUCUGUAAAUAAUCCAGAUCAGUGGAUUUCCAUGAAAAGGAAGACAGAAUGAAUAUUGUACUGGUAUAUUUUGUAGUAAUUGGUGGAAGUUUGGUUUCUGUAGGUGUUAAAGCUGACAUAAACUGUGGCCCACCGCCUUUGGUCAGGCGAGCUAUCAUAAUUGCUGGAGCUAAUAAAGAAGUAUAUCGGCCGGAAUCUCUUGUUUUAUACAAAUGUCAACUUGGUUAUUCUUCUGAUGUAACUGUAUUCUCAUCUAAAUGCAAGUUAUCAGGAAACAUAGCUACAUGGACAAGGCCAACUAUUCGAUGUAAAAGAGUAACUUGCAUUGUUCCCGGAAGCCCGAAAAAUGGGCGAGCUAUAUAUUCUUCCAUAAACUACGAGGCAGAGGUAACGUAUGAAUGUAAUGAAGGAUAUUACCUGAGUAACCAAGAGCGAAGAUUCUGCAGUGCUGAUGGAACAUGGAAUGGAACUGAUCCUGUAUGCUCUGAUAACUUAUGUUCAUUGCCACGUGCACCAGAAAAUGGGUUCUUCAAUCUAAAGUCUCUCAAACCUGAGAUAGGGAGCACUGUCGAAUAUUCCUGUAAGGAUGGUUUCAAACUGGAAGGUUUUGCAACAUCUGAGUGCACUGAAACGAGAAGAUGGACAAAUUCAAUUCCCAGAUGUUUACGUUUACCGAAAAUGUGUGAGCCUCCCGUUGCACCAGAAAAUGGGUUUUUCAAUCUUACGCCCGACAAACCUGAGGCUGGAAGCGUUGUGAAAUAUUCCUGCAGGUAUAAAUACAGAUUGCAUGGUUCUGCGACAUCCGAAUGCAGUGGAGAGGGAACUUGGACAAAUCCAACUCCCAGAUGUUUCUUUAUUACAGACUCAUGUAAAGUACCUGUAUUGCCUCAUGGAGAAAUAGGAAUGUAUAAAAUUGUUCCUCAUCCUCAGUACUCAUUUUUCCUGAAGUACGAGAAUAUUUCGGCAGGUACCAUAGUACCUGAUGGACAGUAUGUUUUGAAAUGUGAGGGAAGGUAUAAGCCCAAAGGAUCAGGAGGACAAGAAAAGAGGAUUGAGUGCAAAGACGGAACAUGGUUAGAUGAACUUCAGUGCGUAUCAGAAAAUUCUUGUGAGCUUCCAGUUAUACCACAAAAUGGAUUCUAUCGUGCACCUGAGAAUGUAGAGUUUGGAAGCGUUAUCAAAUAUUUCUGCAAGGAUGGCUUCAGUCUACAAGGUUUUAGCGAGUCUAUAUGCCGUACACCAGGAACAUGGUCACAUCCAACUCCCACAUGCUUAACUCUCACGGAACUCUUUGAAGAAGAAGGGAACAAGGCUAGGACAACUCAGCCAUCAAUUCGUUCCAGUACAGAGGGUACAAUAAAUGAGAACGGCAUGAACCCCGAUAAUAAACUUUGCUACUGCGAAUACAAUAGCCCAAAUGAGCAUUUGGUAGCUUAUUGCGAAUAUAUAAAAUUACAUAAUGGAGAUAAAGUAAAGUUCAACUGCACUGUAAAAUUUUUCUGCAAGGAAGCAGAAUAUUACCGUCUGAGAGGUCCCAGAGAAAUGACUUGCACAAACUGUCAGCCUUUUCGUUCGACCCAGUACCCCAAGUGUAUGGAGCGAAACCGCAGAGAACCAUGUUUCAUGGAAACUCUUUUCUCUCGACUUCCGGAAGGAGUAAUGCUGAAAACGGAAGAGCGGCAGCCUGAAACUGUACCAUAUGGAACGAGUCUUGAACUGACUUGUGCUCGUAAUGAUGAGAGGAUGAUGCAUAUAACCAGUUAUAGGAAUAUGGCCAUUUGCAAUGGAACGUGGAUAGUUCCUCCAGUUCGUUGUAAUCGUCCAUGCCGUCUGACCUUGAAAGCAAAUUCUUCACUUAUAGCAUUACCUAAGAAAGAUUUAUAUUUAUAUGGAGAAACUGUAGCGCUUUCAUGCCCUAAGGGACAAGCACUGACUCCAGAUAUUCGUAUAAUGUUUUGUUUCAGGAGAGGUUGGUCAAGGAGACGAAUUCCAGAUUGCGAAGAGAGGUAAAUGAGGCAACAUGUAUGGAAUUUGCGUUUAUAACUGUUAUUUAAAAUAAAUAUUCUGAAAUUCCUAGAACGAA